AUGACGGCUAAACAAAAGUAUCUAGAUCAUGCAAUUCUUCCAACGUGUCAAGAAGCAUUUACAACUCUGUUAUUACCAAACUGUACCAGGCGUCGCUAUGGUUACCAGUGUGCCUUCAGGUGCGACAACUGUGUCAGCAACUGUCAUCCAGUCAACGGCUCGUGUGCUGAGUGUUUGCCUGGGUGGAGGGACCCUCGUCUGGCCUGCAACACACCCUGCCCGGAGUGGACGUAUGGCUUCAUGUGUGAGAUGAUGUGUGAGAAAAAGUGUGGGGUGGACUGUGUGAGUCGUGUGGACGGGGCUUGUCCAGAGUCCAACAUGAUGUUUAUCUCCUCUGUGUGGACGGUCUUGUUGUUGGGGUUGAUAACCUUGGCCUUCAUCGCUCUGUGGUACAACGAGGCGACACGAUUGACCCUCCUGCUCAUGGUCUCCGCCAUCAAGGGAAAGAACUACAUCUGGAGGUAUAAAAACAAGAAAGGGGAGAAAAUCCUUGUGCUUACUACACCCAAUCUCUACAAAAAGUUAACCUCCUUGAAAAAGAAAAAAGGCCGUAAAGGGAAAAAAUCUACUCGCGUUUUCAUAUCUGAAGUUGAUGGACAAACAAUAAGGACAGGUAAAAAGAGAUCGAAGAAGAAAGCCAAGGUUUCAGCUAAAAGAGAUACCGGAAAAGAAUCCCGUAAAAAGAAACUAUCUGCGAAAAAGCUCGCGAAAAAACGCGCAAGAAAACUGGCAAAAAAGAAACGGAAGCAACUCCAGCAAACUGCCGGAUCUUCGACUCAAGUGGACGGCAAAGACGCGGCUGACGUCACACCGUCUAUGUGGAGUGAAACCGCUUCCUACGUUAAGGAGUCCAUCAAAUACAACUCCCUGGCCUCCACCCCCAACCAGCCGUCUCCUAAAUCCGUGUCCGAGGUUCCGUCCACUAACGUGUCUGGUGGAAAAGAUACAGACACCAAGAUGGCUGCCCAAAUCAAACCCAAGUCAUCCUCCACAAAUGCUUCGGCCACAAAAGGAUCUAAGUCUCCUAAUCUGACUCUAGGCAUUAUUUACCAAAAACGUAGCUAG